AUGGCCAUCAUUACUUAUUUAACAUCGCUACAUCGGGAAGCCUCCUCACUGCCCAGAAUGUAUUGCAUCCUUGGGUACAGAGAUACCGGGCUGUUGCUGUACACCCUGGGGCUCUUCACCAUCUUCAGCCUGGUAGCUCCUCAGGGUUCCUUUCCCAAGCUGGAGAACAUUGGGGCCCACAAACCUGUAAGCGUGAUGCCGCCUGGAGCCACGUGUGGCGUGCCGAAGCGCAGUGCCUUCUGCUGGCCGGCCCAAAUCCCGGAGGACCUCCUCACCUGCUCCCAACGGUUCUGCAUCCAGGACUGCCCGUACCGUUCCUCCACACCACACUACACUGACCUGCUUGCUGCCCGCUUGGGCGGGUGCCCAGCGGGUGACAGCCAGGACCUCCACCCAGGGGCGGCGGGCGGUUCUACCAGCUUCGCAUUUCGAAACCAGAGCAGCUGCUUGGCUUCCUUCUCCUCUCUGACCCUGGGCCCGGACGGCUCGUUUACCCUAACGCUUUGGGUGAAACUGGAGGAGGCCGCUGUAAUGACUGUCUUUGAGAAGAGCACUAUGGACCGACUGGUGUUUCUCCUCAGAGUCUCCGAGGCGGAGGUCCAGCUCCACUAUGGUGUUCAGGAUGGUCACACGGUCUCCAUAACCAUGAGCACUGCGGGCCGCAUGACCGUCGGUCGGUGGGCACACUUGGCACUGCAGGUACAUCGUGUGACUGUGAGCUUGUUCCUCAAUGGACAUGAAGAAGACAGCACUGCCUUGGACACACAGACCCUUGUUUCCCCAGUCACUGAUGACACCUCCGGCAGUGCCGCUUGGAUUGGCCAGAGCUCCAAUGGGUCCAGUCCAUUCUUUGGGUUGAUGCAGGAUUUUAGAUUUUAUCCACAGACUUUAACCAACAGAGAGAUCGAGGAGGUCUACUCUGGACGCCUCCCUCGCCUCUACGCCCAGAUCGAAUGUCGUUGCCCACCCAGUCACCCGAGAGUGCACCCUCUAGUGGAGAGGUACUGCAUCCCCAAUGGGGCCAGUGACACCACCGACGACCGCGUGCUCCGCCUGAACCUAGACGCCCAUCCGUUGCACUACAUCAACGACGGCGACAUGGGCACCGCCUGGGUCUCAUCCGUCCUUUCCACCCAAGAGGAACUGGACCAGGGAGUCACCGUCACCAUUGACCUGCAGAACGGAGAGUAUCAGGUUUUCUAUGUGAUCCUGCAGUUGCGCAGUGCGCCAGCCGAGGCCGUGCAGAUUCAGAGGAAGAGCAGCCGCACGGCGGAGUGGAGCGACUGGCAGUACCUGGCCAGUGACUGCAGCAUCCUUGGCAUGGUCAGCAACGGGCCUCUGGAUAGGCCGGACUCUGUCAACUGUCUCCGCUUUCCCAGUAAUGUCCCUUACUCCCGAGGGAACGUCACCUUCAGCGUGCUGACGCCGGAGCCCAACCUGCGGCCGGGCUACAACGACUUCUACAACAGCGCCGCCCUGCAGGACUUUGUGAGAGCCACACACGUGCGCAUCCACCUGCGGGGCCAGUACCACACGCGGAACGCCACCGUGCCCCUCGGUCACCGCUACUACGCCGUGGACGAGAUCACCAUCAGCGGCAGGUGCGACUGCCAUGGCCACGCGGACGCCUGCGACACCAGCGUGAGCCCGUACCGCUGCGCCUGCCUGCUGGAGAGUCACACGCAAGGAGCACACUGUGAGCGCUGCAAGCCCCUCUUCAACGACAAGCCAUUCCGAGCGGGAGAGCCUGCGCAUGCCAACCACUGUCGACCCUGCCAGUGCCACGGGCAUGCAUCCUCCUGCCACUAUGAUGCCAGCGUGGACCCCCGUCCUCUCAACCACCUCCGCGGAGGAGGGGGGGUUUGUGACCGCUGCACCCAUAAUACGGCAGGAAGGAACUGUGAACAGUGCAAGAGCCUCUUCUACAGAGAACUUGGUGCAUCACUAUGGGAUGAGGAUGUGUGUAAACCAUGUGAAUGCAGCAGUGCUGGGACAGUCAAUGGCAGUUUGGAAUGUGACCAGAUAGGGGGCCAGUGUAAGUGCAAGCCGCGGGUUUGGGGCCGGCGCUGUGAUGUGUGUCCACAUGGAUUCUACGGGCUGCAGGGGGCGCUGGCCGAUGGCUGCCGCGCCUGCGGAUGCCACGCUGCAGGGACGAUGAAGCCCGACGUUACCUGCCACAAGGACUCAGGCCAGUGCCCAUGCAAGGCCAAUGUAAUGGGCCUUUCCUGCGACCGAUGCAACUACGGCUUCAAGUUCCUGAACCACACAAACCCAGACGGCUGUGAGCCGUGCGGCUGCCAUCCAGACGGCUCGCUGCACCAGUUCUGCGACCGCGUCUCGGGCCAGUGCGAGUGCAGGGCGGGCAUCAGGGGCCUGCUCUGCGAUGUCUGCGGACCCGGUUCCUACGGCCCGGCCCCGGGAGGCCUCUGCCUGCCUUGCAACUGCAGCUUGGCCGGAUCUGUGGCCGGAUCCACCUGCCACCCGGUGACUGGCGAGUGCAUGUGCCAGCUGCAUGUGACCGGCCAACGGUGCAACUUGUGCCGCGCCGGCUACCACAGCCUGGGUGGCGGCGGUGAGCUGCACUGCUUGCCGUGCGUGUGCAAUGCCUGGGGUGUGGCUGAAGGAUCGGUGUGUGACAGGACAACAGGAUAUUGCCACUGUAAGAGCGGUGUGGAAGGACCCCGCUGUGAACAAUGCUCGCCGCACAUGUACAACCUGAGCUCAGGCAACGCCACGCACGCAUGCCAGCCAUGCCUGUGUGACCCAUCAGGCACCGCGGUUGGCACAGUAUGUGACCCAGACAGCGGGCAGUGUGUGUGUCAGCCAACCAGGCAUGGCCCAGACUGCAGCACCUGUAAGCCAGGUAACUUCCGCUCCAAGGAGGGCUCGUGUGUGGCAUGUGACUGUCACCCGGCGGGAGCCGCAGGGCCGGCAUGCGCAGCGGAUACCGGCCAGUGCACGUGCUCCCAUGCAUCACUGACCGGCCGCCGGUGCAACCGGUGCCGAGAUCUCUACUUCGGUUUCGACCCAGCCGUUGGCAGGUGUGAUCCUUGCGACUGCAAUCUGGCAGGCGCUCUGAACGGCUCCUGCCUUCCUGAGACGGGCCAGUGCGUGUGCAAGCCAUUCGUGACGGGGGAGAAGUGUGAGCGGUGUGUGGAGGGGGCCAGCCACAUGGACCCCAACAACACCCUGGGCUGCAGCAAAGAGCCCAGGCAGCAGCCUCCACCGCAAGGCACCGCACUCAGCGCCCGGGUCAUCGCGCUGAGCUGGAGGGCCCCGGACUCGCCCAAUAGCGACGCCCUCACCUACACAUUGCUGCGUGACUCGGAGCCCAUCCAUGCCAGCCACAGCCGCCAUCCUUUCGGACUGAUGCUUUUCACUGAUGAGGGUCUGACUCCUUACACCCUCUACACCUACCAGCUGGUCACCAGCAACGUCCAUGGCAACACCACAAGCUCCAACGUCACUCUGCGCACACUCGUUGCCACGCCCGACCCAACCGAGCUGCGCCUGAGACUGGUGGGUCAGGCUGGGCCGCGGGCUGCCUCCUUCGCCUGGAGCCCCUCUGCCCCCGUGGAGCUCUACGCCCUCAUCUCGGUGGACGAGGAGUCCGGCCAGGAGCAUACGCGCUAUGAGGGCCUGGCGACAGCGGUCACCGUGGACGGCCUGCAGCCCUUCACCCGCUACACCUUCCACCUGCAGGCCUGCACCAGCGGGGGCUGUGCCCGCGGCGACACCGUCUCUGUGCUCACGGCACAGGCCCCGCCCCAGGGCCAGGCCCCACCUCGUGUCACCAUGCUGGGCCCUGCACAGCUGCGUGUGGACUGGGAGCCACCAGCCCUGCCGAACGGUAUUAUUAUCAGGUAUGAGCUUUUCAUGCAAAUCCUCAACAAGUCACUGGAGAAUGUGACCAAUCCUAACUUGGAUCAGAGGGUAUUCCUCAGUAGCGGUUGGCUGAACCCCCAGAAGUCUGGCUCAGCCAGCGAGAACUCCCUGACUCCACCCGAGAGCAGCGUGGUGGUGUCUGAUCUGGAGCCCUUCACCACCUACCGUUUCAGGGUGAUCGCUGUCAACAUGGCCGGCAGCAUUUCGUCAGAGUGGAUGAUAGGGCGAACUGCAGAAGGAGUGCCCGAGUACAUGGGUCCCCCCCAGGUGUCUCCGCUGUCUUCAUUCUCACUGUUAGUGAGGUGGAAGACACCACAGGAACAGGACGUACGGGGCAGAGUGACAGAGUACCGGGUCAGCCUCUACCAGGAGCAGAGCUCCAACCCAUACACCCCUCCUACUGUCACACAGCUGUUGUACAGCGCCUCAGCGCAGGAGCGGAAUUACACAGUGGUGGGUCUGAAGGCCCAUGAGGAGUACAGCUUCAUUGUAGCUGUGUGCAACGCACAGGGCUGUGUGAGCAGCCUGCCUGCUUCAGGACGAACGCUACCCUCAGCUCCGUCAGGUCUGAAGGCCCCCAGGCUGAGGCCAUUGAACACAACUUCAAUGGGAAUCUCCUGGGCAACCCCAGCCAAGCUAAAUGGCCCUCUGCCUGUGUAUUACGUCGAGAGGACAGACGUGUCAUUCUCAGACACGCAGGGAAUGGUCAUCAGGGGCAGGCGCUUCAGCGGCACUGGCUACUUCCGCUUCCCCAGCUCCACUCUGCCUGCCAAUACCGACUUCACAGGUCUGCAGCUGAGCUUCCGCACGCGGGAGGCGGAUGGGCUGAUUCUGUGCGCGCUGUCCCCCGGAGCGCAGGAGGAGUACGUAGCUCUGCAGCUGUACGGAGGCCGGCCGUACUUCCUCUUCGACGCUCAGGCCUCGGCCGUGGCCGUCGAACUGAGCGGUGACGGCGGGAGGAAGUACAACGACGACCAAUGGCACCACGUGGUCGCCGCCCGGACGCAGGCCGUGGGAACGAUCAUUGUGGACGAUCAAUACAGCGGCUCGGCAUCUGCCACCAGCGGAAGCACCAUCAUUGGCCAAAACACGGGCGUCUUUUUAGGGGGCCUUCCAGAGAAUUUCACACUUCACCGACAAGACACUGGUGCAGCGAGGUUGGUGCGUCAGGGUUUUGUGGGCUGCGUGAGGGACAUGCUGAUCCAGACAGCCAGUAGCCCCGUGGCCCUUUGGGAGCCACUGGACUGGGACUCAGCCCUGGAGGAGCAUGAGACCUACGGUGGCUGGGAGGGCUGCCCUGCACAGUCCGAGCAUGGGGCCUACUUCCUGGGACAUGGGUUCCUCAAACUUGAGCCAGAGGUGUUCAUAGGCGGAGAGGAUUUUGAAAUAUCAUUUGAGUUCCGGACGGAUCAGCUGAACGCACUGCUGCUAUUUGCUUAUGAUUCCCAGGGUGCUGAUUACGUUUUGGCGGAGAUGCAGGGUGGGCUCCUCUCCUGGGCGCUGAGCUGGGCGGGACACAGCGUGGAGCUGGCCGCGUGGGUCGGCCUCUCCUACUGCGACGGCCGCUGGAACCGCGCCACCCUGCUGAAGAGGGGCGCGCUGACCGCGGCCGGCCUCAACGGGGCGAUGGAGCACAGGCGCGGCCCGUUAGGUGGCCCCCUCACCGUCACCUCCCCCCUCUACCUGGGGGGCGUCCCGGACGGCCUCCGACACCCAGCCCUGCGCCAACACAGCCUGCUGCAGGGUUUUGGCGGCUGCAUCAGGGACGUUCGAUUGGUGGCGCAGGGGCCUGUCGUAAACUUGGCUGCAGUGUGCCAUGGUGCUGUCAGAGUCAAUCUGGAUGGAUGCCUGUCAGCUGACACCAGCGUUAACUGCCGGGGAAACGACUCCAUCCUGGUGUAUGCAGGCAGAGAGACCAGCACCCUGGACCUGACUCUGCAGCCCUUCACAGAAUACCUGUACAGAGUGAUGGCAUCUGGAGAGGGAGGAUGGACAACUGGCCCUUGGCAGCGAGGACGCAGUCGUGAGACAAUUCCGCAAAGUGUGCUGCCUCCCUCCAGAGUUGCCAGCGUAAAUGGCUCGAGUGCGGAGGUGAGAUGGGAGGAGCCGGUGGGGGUCAGAGGUGUAAUUGAGCGGUACGUGGUGAAGGCGCACAGCCGGGACCGUCCCUCGUCCCCCCCGAUCAGCGCCGCCUUCCCCGACACGCCGCCGCUGACGGGGACGUUAAAUGGCCUGGCUCCUUUUAGCAGCUACAGUAUUACCCUGACGGCGUGCACUCAGGCUGGCUGUGCAGAGAGCUCCGCUGCUGCCCUCCUCACCACUCCACAGGAGGCUCCUGAAGAAGUCCUCCCCCCUCAUGCAGUUGCAUCCCCACACUCUCUCGCAGUAUACUGGGAGCACCCUCAAAAACCCAACGGUGUCCUCUCCCACUUCAUCCUCUACGAGAACCACACGGUUAUCUACCAAGGCAGUGGCACCGCCUUCAACCUCACUGGUCUAGGGGUUUACACUUCACACCGGCUGCUCCUGAGUGCCUGCACUGGGGCAGGCUGUACCAACAGUUCGGCUGUCACGUUCGUCACCGGGCAACUAGCUCCAGCCCACAUGGAUGCACCUGUCCUCACAGUGCUGGACGCUCGCACCAUCCAUGUCCAGUGGGCAGCGCCGCUGCAGGCCAACGGCCGGCUGCAGUCGUACUCGCUCUACCGGGCCAUUCCCGGAGAAGAGCCUGUGGCCAUCUACAACAGCACCGAGCUCUUUGAGGAGCACACCCUACACAGCCUCGUCCCUGGGACCACCUACCUGUUCCAGAUCGCUGCUUGCACGGCAGGCGGCUGCGCCCUCAGCCCCCCCAGUGUGGCCCACACCGAGGAGAGCUCCCCGGAGGAGGUGCCCCCCCCCACUGUCCAGUACAUCUCCCCGCACACCCUCCGUGUGUCAUGGGACGCUCCACGCAAGCCCAAUGGUGUGAUCAGCAGCUACGGCCUGUGGAUGGACGGGGUGAUGGUGCAGAACUCCUCGGCUACAAGCUUCGUGGUCGGAGGCCUGUCGCCAUGGAGCCCGCAUAGCUUCAUCGUGCAGGCGUGCACGGCGCAGGGCUGCGCCUUGGGCCCGCUGACAGAGGUGUGGACUUCGGAAACUCCCCCGCUUGGCAGCAUCCCUCUGGCUGUCGUCAUUGAGACCCCGCGCUCCGUCCGGGUUAAGUGGGACCCCCCAGCCAAGCCCAACGGCAACCUCACUUACACUGUCCUCAUCACCGGGGCCUUCUGCACGCCAGCAGGUCAGAACCAGAGUGUCACAGGGAUGAACAGCACAGAGAUGAGCGGCCUGGAGAUGACUAGCACGGAGACAAGGACGCAGUUCCAUGCGGGCACAGCCGGCCGCUGGCUGUCUGUGGGAGGGCUGCUGCCGUACUCCAACUACAGCGUGCAGGUGCAGGCCUGCAACAGCCAGGGCUGCGUGGAGAGUACCCCGGCCAGCGUGUCACUCCCGCCUGCAGGUCCAGAUGGCCUCUCGGCCCCGAGGCUGGCGGCGAUCACCUCCUCCUCGCUGCAGGUGGCUUGGUUCCCUCCCGCACGGCCCAACGCUCCCGGACCCCUACGCUACCAACUCCAGAUGAGGAAGCCGGCCACGCAGCAUAUCUGGCAGCUUCUGGAUAAUGAGACUAGCGUGUUCAGCCACCUAGUGGAAGGUUUAGAACCAUACACAGAGUAUCAGUUCAGGUUGCUGGUAUCUCACAGCGAUGGAGAAGCAAACAGUUCCUGGGUCUCUUUCUCGACCGCUCAAGACCGGCCUGGGCCUGUGGACCCACCCAUGCUGUUUGAGAUCCAUUCCAGAAAUGCCACUGUCUCCUGGUCUCCACCGUCACAUCCUAAUGGCAUCCUUACCAACUACAACAUCUACCAGAAUGGGGAGCUUGGCGCCAGUGUGCCUGCAACCAGCACCAGCCUUAUUGUGUCAGGCCUUGGGCCCUACCAGAAGUACACGUUCCAGGUAGAGGCCUGCACGGAGGCCGGCUGCACCGCAUCUGCUGAGUCCCACACUGUCCAGACCGCCCCAGCCCCUCCAGAGGGCGUGGUUGCCCCGCGUCUGUACUCGGACACACCCACCUCGGUGCUAGUGGCAUGGACCCCACCACUGCAUGCCAACGGGGAGCUGGAGAGCUACACGGUGGAGAGACGACCCAAUGGGACCCAGCAGACCUCCAUAGUGGCCACAGUGCUGCCCAACCGGACACUCACCUACCUGGAUGGCUCAGUUGCUCUCAGCCCCUGGACAAGUUAUGAAUACAGGGUAGUAGCCAACACCAGGCAGGGUGGCUCUAACGGCAGCCAGUGGGAGAGGGUCACUACUCGGCCAUCGCGACCCGCCAGGCUGCUGCCACCUGAGGUGCUGGUGCUGGGGCCGGAGUCGGUGCAGGUGACGUGGGCGCCACCGCUGGUUGCCAACGGUGAGAUUGAGGGCUACGAGAUCCGCAUGCCAGCCCCUCGCUUGUCUCACACAAACACCAGCCUGCUCAACCGCACAGUCACGGGCCUGGUGCCAUACACAAACUACAGCGUAACCGUCCUUGCUUGCUCAGGGGGCGGGGGGUAUGUGGGAGGCUGCACUGAGAGCCCGCCCACAUCUGUCACUACUUUACCCACAAUUCCACAGGGGGUGGCAUCACUCUCAGUGGUUCCCAUCAGUGAGUCUUUCCUGGCUGUGUCGUGGCAGCCACCAGCAAGGCCAAAUGGACCCAACUUAAGGUACGAGCUGCUGAGACGGAAAACGCGCCAGCCGCUGGCCCGCCGUCCCCCCGAAGAUUUCAAUCGCUGGCACCAUGUUUACGCGGGAGGCAAAUUGCUCCACGAAGAUAAAGGCCUUAGCAGAUACACGUGGUAUGAAUACAAGUUGCUGGUGCACAAUGACGUUGGCUAUGCUUCAGGAGAGGUCACAGCAGGGAUCACAAAGGCUGGCCUACCCCUCACCCCUCCAAAUGUGUCCACUGUGACCCUCAACCACACUGCCAUUCUGGUUAACUGGACCACACCCACUUUACAGGACCUCCAGGGAAAAGUGGAGCUCUAUUUUCUUACAGUCAAUUCCACCCAGGAAAGCCAGACGCUCAGUCUCGACCCUUCCAUGACCUCUGCAGUGAUCUCUGACCUCCAGCCCAACACUGAGUACACACUUUCUCUGACCGUGUCUAAUGGGGCACACAAUAUCAGCAGCCCGGAGGUGAUGUGCACCACACUGCAUGGAGAGCCUGACGGGGUGUUCCCCCCGGAGGUAGUGAUACUAAACAGCACGUCGGCAAGGGUGCUGUGGGCCGCCCCGCUGUUCCCGAACGGUGCAGUGAUGCGGUACUCUGUCUACCUGGAUGGCCAGUUCUACACUUCCACCGGCAACACCUCCGGAUCCCUGUUGCUAGGCGGCCUCCUGCCUUUCACCAUUUAUGACGUGCAGGUGGAGGUGUGCACGGUGUACGCGUGUGUACUGAGCAACGGCACCAAGGUGACCACCGUGGAGAGCACGCCUGCAGAACUCACAGCACCUCACAUCCAGGUGCUCAGCUCCAGUUCUGUCAGGCUGGAGUGGACAUCACCUGGUCGACCCAACGGCAUCUUGGGAGGCUAUGACAUCUAUCGGAGGGCCCUUAAGUCUUGUGAGGAGCUCCAGACCAAGCAGGCUCUCCUUACCCAGACUCACUGCACAUAUCUGCAAUGUGCUGCCCACCAGGACUUCUGUGGCAACUCCUGUUACGACCCAGAACAGCAGGUAUGUUGUGGGGGGACCGCGCACAACCUCAGAGAGCUGCAUGGCUGUUGCGGCGAGCAGUAUCUGCUGGUGGCCAAUGCCUCCGUUAGCGUCUGCUGUGGUGGGCAGCUCCUCCACCCUCUGCCUCUGCACCAGUGCUGUGGGGAAUACUACGUUGCCAUCUCCCCAGGCGAGGUGUGCUGUCCGGACCGUGGCCAGCGGCGGGUGUCCGUGGGGCCGGGCGACUCGUGCUGUGGGACGUGGCCUUUCUCCUCAUCGACGGGUCAGGUGUGCUGCAGCGGUUCCCUCCACGACGGCUUCUCGUCGCAGUGCUGCGGGGGACAACUGGUGAGCAGAGACGCCGUGUGCUGCGGAGACGCUGGCCGAGGGACCGCGUACUCUCCCACCCCAGGAAUGGCAUGCUGUGGAGAGCAGUACAUCAACACAUCCUUUUCACUGUGCUGUGGCGGCCCAGGGCCUGAGGCACGAGCACACGUGCUGGGAGACAGUGGCGAGGCUCUCACGUGUUGCCGGAGCAAGCUGAUCCCGCUAGGCCAGCAGUGCUGCAACGGCGUGGGCUUCUCGCCACACACGGCCACGUGCGCCGACAGGGCCCCCCGUGGUCUCCUCAUCCCGGAAAAAUGCCGUCCUAGUGCCCUCUGUCCCGUGGAUGCAUCUUUGAGGGCGUACUGCGGUUUGUGUGACUUUGACCCCACUCUGUUCACCUGUACCUGGGUCCUGAGCGAGCAGGGGAAACCUCCAGCCACACCCACCCCCUCUGCCUCUCCUCAGAGGCCGCCGCCCACCACGUCUGGCACACUUCAGUUGCCACAGCUGUCUAACACAACUCACAGCCAGCUCUGCCCGACUGCUGACAAACUUGUCUACAGCGGCAUGGCAGACACAUACAUUUUUACAGACCCAGACCUGGAGCCCUUCACCCACUACGAGUACAGGAUCAGGGCAUGGAGUAGGCAUGGCCAUGUCUUUAGUCCCUCCUCCUGGAUCACCACUAAAGAGGCCAAGCCCCAAGGGGUCUCACCCCCCAACUGGAGCCGCGUGGGUGUCCGCGACGACAUCAUCCAGCUCGACUGGUCCCCACCGUUCAAGCCCAAUGGAGAAAUCAGCCAGUAUGUGGUCCUGAGAGACGGGCAGGAGCGUUACCGUGGAGCUGAGCGGAGCUUCACCGAUGCUGGAGGCAUCCAGCCAUUCCAGGAGUACACAUACCAGCUGAGGGCAUGCACUGUAGCUGGCUGCUCAGACUCCCCUAAAGUGGUGGCGGUCACUGUCCAGGGCAUACCAGAGGGGGUUGCUGUACCCGUGGUGAGCGCUCUAGGACCCACUGCCCUGCAUGUCAGCUGGGUGGCUCCAGCCAAGGCCAACGGUGUGGUCCGGGAGUAUCGGCUUAUCCAGAGCGGCGCAGGGGUCAUCCACACGGACACGCAGGGCGAGAUGGCGCAUACCGUCACAGGUCUGCAGCCUCACACCAACUACAGCUUCCUGCUCACAGCCUGCACGGCCGCAGGCUGCAGAGCAGGUCAGCCAUCUACGGGCCGCACGCUGCAAGACGCACCGGCAGGCGUGUGGGCGGUCCCCAGGCACGUGCUGCUGAACAGCACAGCGGUGGAGCUCUUCUGGACCACACCGUCCAAGCCUCACGGCCUCCUCGCCCGCUACCGCCUCCUCCGCGACGGACAGCUCAUCUUCGCCGGCGGCCCGGACGCGAGCUGCUACGUGGAUGCCGGCCUGCGCCCAGGCACCAGGUACGUGUAUAAGCUGGAGGCCAGCACAGGGGGCGGGAGCAGCCUGAGCAGCCCCUAUGUGAUCCGGACACCCGUCUCCUCCCCCGAGGGGAUCCCCGCUCCGCAUAACAUCAGCGUAGUGGGCCCGCGCUCCGUCUUCGUCGUCUGGUCACCCCCAGGGGCAUAUAAUACAAGUCUUCCUGUGGAGUACGAUGUCCUGCUAAACGCCGGUACGGAGCGGCCCCUGGUCCGGCGGGCCGGUCAGGACCGGUUCCUGGUGCUUGACGGACUGGACCCCUACACGAGUUACGACAUCCGGGUGCAGGCAUGCCAAGCAGACGGCUGUGGGGCAGGCCCAGGCGUUUCUGUGCAAACACCUGAAGCAGUCCCCCAGGCUCUGGACCCUCCCGUGCUGAGAGCAGCUGCAGCUACAGUUGUUGAAGUGCACUGGAGUCCCCCUCAUAAGCCCAACGGCCUGCUCACCACAUACCUCAUAUACAGAAGACCAAAAGGAACCCAGGAAGAGCUCCUGGUCUUCAUCUGGACUGAGGGUCCUCUGGAGUUUAUUGAUGCCUCCGAUUCCCUUCAGCCAUUCACUGAAUACGAGUACAGAGUCACCGCGCACAACUCACAGGGUUCCGCCUCAAGCUCCUGGAGCUCCACCCUCACUCUAGAGGCAGAACCAGAGGGCAUGGCCCCACCCACAGCAUGGCCCACUGGCCCCUACUCAGUCCUGCUGAACUGGACCCAGCCCAGCAAGCCCAAUGGACAGAUCUCCAAGUACAGAGUAGUAUACCAGAAAGAGUCCAGAGAUCCCACACUCAACUCAACAAUGGUCACUGCGCUCACAGUGCCGGGUGAUGUGCAUCAGGCCCAUGUCUUCGGUCUCGAGCCCUACACCAGCUACAGUGUGCGGGUGGAGGCGGUAAACAAAGGUGGCAGUGCCGCCGGCCCCUGGGCCACCCUGCGCACCCUGCAGGCCUCUCCCAGUGGCCUGGGCAUUUUCUCCGUGGAGAAGUGUGAGCAUGGGCGUGCCCUGCUCCUGCAGUGGCUGGAGCCAACCUUGCCCAACGGAGUGCUCAAGAUGUACAGUGUGUUCAGCGACGGCAACCUGGAGUUCAGCGGCCUCUCACGCCAGUUCUUGUUCCGGCGCCUGGCGCCCUACACCACUUAUGCUCUGGUACUGGAGGCCUGCACAGAAGUAGGCUGCACUAGGACGCCCAUACAGCCUGUCACCACCGGGGAGGCACCGCCUGCCUCGCAAGCCCCACCCAGUGCUCGCCGUAUCGGACCCCGUGACGCAGAGCUCAGCUGGAACCCCCCAGGGCAGCCCAACGGCAUCAUCCUGCUGUACCAGUUAAUGGCCGCGGGCGUGGAGGAUGGCGGGUUCAGGAGCGACGAAGACAGCGAGGAUGAUGAGACACAGGCCAAGGUCGCUUGUACAGUGAGGGAUGUUGACACCGGCAGCUUCUCCUGCAAUGUGUCCGGCCUGCAGCCGUGGAGCAGUUACAGGUUUCGCGUGCGUGUUUCAAACACGGCAGGUUCAACCAACAGCCCCUGGCUGACUAUUCGCACCAAGCAGGCUCCUCCAAGGAGCUUGGCACCACCGGCUGUCAGUCAUCUGGAGGGAAGGCCACAGGAGCUCUUUGUGUCUUGGGCACCUCCACUGGAGGCCAAUGGUGUCAUUCUGAGCUACAGGAUUCAGAGAGGCAACGUUGGCUUUCGUUUCAGUUUCGACUCGAGUGUGUUAAACUACACUGACCAGGAUUUGACCGCACACACCAUCUACAGCUAUGCAGUUAUUGCGUGCACAAUAGCUGGCUGUGUUACCAGCCAGCCGACUGUAGUCAGGACAUUAGAAGCUGCGCCUGCAACAGUCAAACCUCCUAUAGUAUCUAAUGUGAUGCCCCAUUCCCUAAAUGCAUCAUGGACUGCACCAACUAUCCAGAAUGGGGAAAUCUUAGAAUACAUCCUCCAGAUUAACAAGGAGGAGGUUUACCAUGGGAAGAAGCUGGGUGCACAGGUGAGGGGUUUAGAACCCCACACUUCCUAUUUCCUCAUCUUAACAGCCUGCACUAAUGGAGGCUGCACUACCAGUGCUCCCACCCCAGUCCAAACCAGAGAGGCAUCCCCCACUGGUAUGCCAGCCCCAACUUUAAAGGUCACAGGCCCUGAGUCAGUGGAGGUGGCAUGGGAGGAACCCGAUUGCCCCAAUGGGGUCAUCACAGGGUAUGAGCUCCAUCGUGAUGGGCAUGUCAUCUACGCGGGCAUGGACACACACUUCCAUGACUUCACCCUGCUGCCCAAUGUCGAGUACAGCUACACUGUCACUGCCAGUAACAGCCAGGGUAUGGCCAUCAGCCCUUCAGCCGUUGCCAGGACACAGUCUUCAGCCCCUUCGGGCAUGUUGCCCCCUCGCCUACAGGCCCUGGGGCCCUCUAGCAUCAUGGUGCAGUGGGAGCCCCCAGUCCGGGCCAAUGGCAUUCUCAUCAGCUACUCUGUGUACGAGCGGGACCCCUCUGCGCCCAAUGUCAGGAGGCUGGUCUUUGCAGCACAUCACAGCGCCUUCCAGAGUCGCAGUUUCUCUCUUACAGCUCUGCAGCCCUACUGCAGGUAUGAAGUGAGAGUGGAGGCCUGCACCCUGCUUGGAUGCACUUUGAGUGAAUGGGCCUCAGUUCAGACCCCAGAGGCGCCUCCUGCUGGCCAGUCGCCACCUCUACUGGAGCUACAGGCUGACUCAAAGGGCAUGCAGACUGUGUUCCUGCUCUCGUGGUCCCCACCCGCCCACACUAACGGAAAGCUGCUGCACUAUGAGCUCUAUAGGCGGCUCAGCGAGGACGCAGAGAGUCAGUCUGCCGCCUCACUCGUCUACCGUGAUGUCUCAACCUCCUACCAUGACCGUGGGCUCCUUCCCUACACGCCUUACGAGUACCAGGUGUGGACCGUGAAUUCAGCGGGUCGUGUGGGCAGUCCGUGGGUCAUAGGCCGGACCGGGCCAGCUCCUCCCGAGGGUGUGGCUCCUCUCCAGUUCCUGCGCAUCCACGCCACAUGGGCUGUGGUGAAUAUCAGCCCCCCCACCAAGCCCAACGGCAUCAUCAGCCUCUACAAGGUGUUCGCCCAGACGAAGGACACACAUGUGCUGCUGUCAGAGGGGACGUCUCAGCAGCAGACCCUCCACCACCUGGCACCCUUCACUGCGUACACCGUAGGCGUGGAGGUGUGCACGUGCCCAGGCUGCUGCAGCCGCGGCCCGCUGAGCGAGCUGCGCACGCCGCCCUCAGCACCAGCCCAGCAACCGCCACCUCGCCCCAUCGCCCUCGCGUCCCGCUGGGCGCUGGCCGAGUGGGACCGGCCCCUGCAGCCCAAUGGCAUCAUUGAGAGCUUUGAGCUCCUGGUACGGAGCGCGUGCCCCCAGCCGAUGCAGCCCGUGCCUAUGGGCUGCUCCGUGGGCCAAGUGGAGAGUCGGUUCUUCAGGAAGGGCCAGAGCCUCAAUAUCACCACCCUGCUCCCCUACGCUACCUACGACAUCUGUGUGGUCUCCUACAACAACAUGGGCAGCACAGCAUCUGAAUGGGUCCCCAUAACCACGCUGAAAGAGCCUCCACAGUACAAGCAAGCGUUUGUGGUGCACAGCAACCUGACGGCUGUCUGUGUGGACUGGGGCCUCUCGUUCUUCCUGAACGGACCCCUGAGGGAGUACUCUCUGAGCGAGAGCGGCCUGCGUGUCUACAGCGGCUUCCACAGCUCUGCGAACAUCCCCCGCACCUCAGACAAAACCUUUGUCUUCCAGGUUACCUGCACCACAGACAGUGGCAGUGCCAGUUCUCCUAUUAUCAAAUACAGCACAACCACCGGCAUAGAUGCGGCGGAGGCCACCUCCGAGGGUAAGGGUGGUGCGUUCGGCACGGUGGUGGCUUUCUACACAGAGCUGUGGUUCAUCCUGCUGAUGGCCCUGUUGGGGCUGGUGCUGCUGGCCCUGCUCCUGGGCGUCCUGCUGCGCCGUGCACUGAGCAAGGCCCCCUUUGUCAGGGAGAGAGCGCCCCUCCAGCCCCUGCAGAGGAGAAGCCCCACAUACCCUCCCAACGCCUCCUUGAGGCCAUCCUCCGAUCUCUGCUCUAUCCAUGCUUGCACUGCUCUCCUACAGUCCAGUGGUGGAAUGGGUCUGAACGACACUAAGGUCGGUGGCAGCACUUCCCAGCCCAGAAAUCCCAGUCACCAGGCCAGCAUGUCUGUGUUGCAUGUCACCAGCGAGAACCAGCUCAGCCAUGCCUACUCCCAGAACUCCCUCCACAGGAGCAUCAGCCAGCUCAUUGACACGCAGGACAGGAAGUCUUGGAAGCAGGAGCUGCAGGGCACUGACAGUGGCAUGUUUGUGGGAGGCGAGGAGUUCAGAGGAACGAUUAAUGGCUUCAGCUCCAUGAAGAAAGAGGAAACCAUAUUUACAGACACACACUUAUAGAGCUCCUCUUCUAUCCCUGACUGCUCUUCACACUCUCACUCUCCCCCUCUCUUGUAUGUGUAUGGAUGUACAUGCGCAUACACACACUUGCAUGCACACACACACUCAUACACACACAGACAGCAAAACCUGACAAGAGUACCCUCAAAAUGCAGAAGUAGACAGCAUAGAAAACUUUCAAGAGUUAAUAGUCAUUCAUGAGCUUUAAACAUGGAAGUAAGCAUACUGAGUUUCCUGUUUCACAGUGUCAUGAGCAGGUCAAAGAAAAUGGCAACUCAGUUGGUGUCUGUGUAGACGUCCCUUACUGUGUUGGUUUUAACCUCUAUACUUGUUACAGAACCUUAGAGCUGCAGAAUGCUUAUAGAUGGUACUUCGCAUAACACGUUGAUAUCUUCUUACAGGCAAAUCCUGGAAGUUUACUUCUUGUACUGUCAUUUUUAGAAAUGGAAUUAUUCCCUGGUCUGUAUUUCCUCUGGUAUAUAUGGUAACUACCUCUUGAAUAGGA